CGCGCCGUCCAUGGUGCUACCCCUCUAAUCUCUCUGAACGCCUUCGGCCACGCCCGGCCUCGUCUUCCGGUCACGCUCCACCAUCGUCGGUCUGAUCGCGAGUGAGGUCGUCGCCUCCACAACGUCCUCGUUGUCGCCAUUGAUCUCAUCGCCACGACUGACGAUCUCCUAUCGAUGCGCGAUCCCACCUCGUGUUUCCUUCUCCACAUGUCUUCUUGAUCCAAUGCUGAAACCUUCUGCUCUGAUACCACUUGUUAUAAAAGUUAGUCGAUAUAGCGGAAAGACGACUAACCCUCCUGAUCGCUUCAGUCAUUGAUCACCCAAGACAUGCCAGAUGACGACACAGGAACAUACGAUAUUUGUUAACGAGGUUCAGCCGAAGCCUAUAUCCCCGGGGCUCUGAUUAUGGGCGCUCCUCCCCAACCAAUAUAGCUCCUAGCCGCUACGAGUCCAUGGCCACGCCGCCAUCAUCUCCCUGCGUGUCUAUGCUACAUUGUAGUCGUCAUGGUUACAUUGUGGUGUCCCCCUCUCUAUUUAAGAGAGUUGCCGGGUUACAGACUCCGACUCUAACUCCACCCCUAACACCUAUUACAACUUCAAGUCCAACUGUAAUCAAAUAGGACUAGUAUAUUCGACACUUAUUCUAACAUUGUGCGCAGCAGCAGCAGCAAUGGCGACUCCCGCCUCCUUCCAACGGUCAUUGCCGCAAUUGUGCACGCCUCAACGGCGGUCUUCCGUCGCGGCUAUAACAUGGGUAUCUGCGUAUCUGUGUGUGCGUUCUCCUGUGCAUUCGAGAUGAGCGAUAUCCGCGGCUUCCACCGUGCGGUCCCGAGCGACGCGGCUGACGGAACUGCCGGAGGAGCUCCGAUCAGCGCCGGCGCCAUCGCCGGCACCGUCUGCGCCGUUGUCGUGGUUGUCGGGCUGCUGGCCCCGCUCGUGUACUGGCUGUAUCGGAGGAAGCUGAAGGCGGCGGCGAGUCCUCCUCUGCGUCCGCCGGCCGCCGCGGCGACGCCCCUCGUCCGCGCUCAGGAAGCAGGCGCGGCGGUCGGAGGCCAAGGCGACUACACGCGGCGUCGUGCGCAAGUCGCCGUCCCCGCCAGGGAUGGCGGCGACCUCUGCUGCGGCAUGUGCGGCUCCGCCUACGACAUCGUGCGAGGAGGUGGGGAGCUGCCGGAGACGCUGGAGUGCGGCCACCACUUCCACCGGCGGUGCGUCCGGCGGUGGCUGCGCGUCAACCUCGCCUGCCCGACGUGCAACGCCACGCACAUCCAACUGUGCGGAGACGACGACGACGGUCAAGCGACCACGCCCAGGCAUCGGCUGACGGCGAGCGAUUACAGCGGCUGGGAUGAACUCUCCACCGGCGUUGGCAGUUCCAGCUGCCGUUUCUGAUGGAUAGUUUGCAGCUCGUAGUUUGCUAAUUAGUAGAGGAA